AUGGACUCCAAAUCCUUGAGGCUCAUAGCCCACCAAUCGUUUUUCUCCGCCGUCCGAUCCGACGAUCUCGAGGCCCUGAAGAAACUGGUCGAGAAUGAAGGGUCGGAUCCGUCUUUUCUGAUGGCCCUUCAGAAUGAGGCGAAGGCGACUGCACUGUACAUAGCCGCCGAGAAUAAUUUCCUUGGGGUUUUCAUGUAUCUGCUCGGUUUCUGCGAUUUGGAUGUUGCGAUGAUGAGGGCUAAAUCGGAUAUGGACGCAUUGCAGGUGACCGCGUACAAGGGACACCUCGAUAUUGUGAAGGAACUUCUGAAGAAGUGGCCUGAGCUGUGUAGAGUGUGCAACUCGUCAAAAACGAGCCCUCUUUAUUCAGCUGCCUCUCAAAACCAUCUACAAGUCGUGAAUGCCAUAUUGGAUGUGGAUGUGAGCACGGCAAGAAUCGUGAGGAAGAAUGGAAAAACUGCGCUGCACACAACUGCAAGAUACGGGCAACUGGAUAUGGUUAAAACCCUUAUAGGGAGAGAUCCGGGGAUUGUAGCCAUCAAGGACAAGAAAGGGCAAACGGCCUUGCAUAUGGCUGUGAAAGGUCAGGACAGUUGCGUGGUAGAGGAACUACUGGAAGCUGACCAUUCGAUAUUGAACGAACGUGACAAGAAAGGGAAUACUGCAUUGCAUAUAGCCACACGAAAAAGCCGUUCUCAGAUAGUCACGCUUCUGCUCACAUACCGCUCAGUUGACAUCAACGCUAUGAAUGCCCAGCGCGAGACCGCGCUCGACAUAGCUGACCGGCUCCCGUUCGGGCCCCACGCCCUCGAGAUUUCCGAGUCUCUAUCCGAGGCGGGCGGCAAGCACGGCGCCAGCCUGUUGAGUAGCGGCGGUCAGCCGCUCGACUCGGCGGAGCUGAAGCGCACGGUGAGCGACAUUCGGCACGAGGUCCAGUCCCAGGUGAUUCAGAAUGAAAAGACCCAGAGACGCGUGUCGGGCAUUGCAAAGGAGCUGCGCAAGAUCCACCGAGAGGCCGUCCAAAACACCAUAAACUCGGUCACGGUUGUUGCAGUCCUCGUUGCCUCCAUUGCCUUCAUCGCCCUCUUCAACCUGCCAGGGCUGUACAAAACGAAUGGGCCUGAGACGGGCCAGGCCAUGAUAGCCCACAAGACGGCCUUCCGUGUCUUCUGCCUCUUGGACUCGACAGCACUUUUUAUAUCGCUGUCGGUCGUGGUUGUACAGAUCACGCUGGUGGCGUGGGACACGCGCGCCCAGAAGCGGGUGGUGUCAGUUGUGAACAAGAUGAUGUGGGCUGCGUGUGUGAGCACGUGCGGAGCAUUUUUGUCCAUCUCGUUUGUGGUGGUGGGAAGGGAUGGGUCGUGGAUGGCUGAUACGGUAACGGGCCUGGGCGGGCCUAUCCUUGUUGGGACGCUGGCCAGUCUGUGUUACUUUGUGUUCAGGAAGCAUUUCGGGAGUGAUUCACAGAGGAGGAUCAGACGAGCGAGCGGGAGCAAGUCCUUUUCGUGGUCAUACUCUGCCAAUGUGUCGGAUUUGGAUGAUGACUUUAAUUCGGAUGAGAAGAUUUACGCCUUGUGA